ACUACUCACUUAUUGACAUUCAAUGAAAGUUUUGUGAUCAUGACCCUCAAAAUGACUUUUCGUUUAAUAACACUUUUCUUUUGUUGGUGUUGUUGUUGUUAUUGUUUCGAAGACGCUGUUGUCCUGGAAGUAUCAACAGAACCGCGUCCAGUAGCCCGUAGUUUAGAUUGGACGGGAAAAAAACAACCAGGAGGGCGAUGCUUGACGUCAAAAGGUGAAGUGGGUAAUUGUACAACUUUCAAAGAAUGUUACCCGUACUUUAAAAUUCCGGAUCUUGGGGCUCUUGACGGCUGGAUCCUCGGAGUCUACGACACAUGCAGCUACACCCGGAGUGACGGAAGAAUGGGUUACGGUAUAUGUUGUUCAGGAGGGCCAUCAACGACGUUAGCUCCAGCAUCUGUUCCUGUUGAAGAUCCCGAAGAAUACGAAUCACACGAUAAGCCAAUCGAACUGGGCCCUCAAUCACCACCGAUAGGCUCAUGGCCACCUGCAUUGCCGACCCAUCCACCCCAUCACACAAUUCCACCUCUCCCCACUCAUCCCUCAUCAUCUUCAUCUUCUAUGCAGACAACAUCGAGCUCCUCGAGGCCAUUAUCAGAUGGGUAUCCUGCUUCUAGCUCGAAGCCGCCACCAUCAUCAUCAUCUUCUUCUUCAUCAUCAGUGACGAUGACCAGCAAAAAGCCAAGUUCAACAACCUGGCCGACUAAAAAACCCGGCUGGUGGCCAGGUGCCACCACAACAAAACCUGUAACAACGACCACAAGCACGACGAUUGUCAGCUCCUCGGAGUGCGGGGCCAAGAACGGGGAUCAGGAGCAAGACAAAAGAAUUGUUGGUGGUCACAAUGCUGAUCCCGGCGAGUGGCCUUGGAUCGCCGCGCUUUUUAACGCUGGAAGACAGGUUUGUGGCGGAUCACUCAUCAGCGAUAAACAUAUACUUACUGCCGCCCAUUGUGUUGCUCACAUGAACUCUUGGGAUGUAGCAAGACUCACUGUGAGACUUGGAGACUACAACAUAAAGACUACCACGGAAAUCCGUCACGUAGAAAGGCGUGUCAGAAGAGUUGUCAGGCAUAAAGGCUUUGACGCCAGGACACUUUACAACGACGUAGCUUUGUUGACUGUGAAUGAGCCCGUGGAAUAUACAGAGCUUAUUAGGCCAAUUUGCCUGCCAACCGGCUCUCAAUUGUACAACAAUAAAGUUGCUACUGUUAUCGGGUGGGGAUCUCUCCGAGAAAGUGGACCUCAACCAGCUGUAUUACAAGAGGUUGCCAUUCCAGUAUGGUCUAACGCAGAAUGUAAAGUUAAAUAUGGCGCAGCAGCACCUGGUGGUAUUGUUGACAGUUUUCUUUGUGCUGGACGUGCUGCUAAAGAUUCGUGUUCUGGUGACAGUGGUGGACCAUUAAUGGUAAACGAUGGCAGAUGGACACAAGUCGGAAUAGUAAGCUGGGGAAUUGGGUGUGGAAAAGGACAAUACCCAGGAGUUUAUACACGAGUAACUCACUUUCUCCCUUGGAUUUACAAGAAUCUAAAAUAGAUAUAAUAUAAUAAUAAUAAUAAUAA